AUGAACAGCAAGCAACAGCCGAAAAUUUUGAUUAAAACGCGAGAAAGUAAUGAUCCAUCAUCGUCCGGAUCGAAGCGAACGCCGACUAUCCUAAAGGCAACAGCACCGAGUAACGCCGCUCCCCAUGGACAGCAAACCCAAAAGAGUGGCACGAAGAUAGAAACCAAGCAGCAAACGAAAAAUGUACCUCCGACAGCAGCCCCGACGGAUCCGUACUGUUUUACUCCGAUGGAUCGUUCGGUGGUGCUACUAAAGAAUCACAACGCGCUCAACUAUCGUACGCUAGACUUUCUGCACGAUACUAAUCAAGAUUACGUGGUGGUUGGCGUAAUCGGAGGGCAAGGAGUCGGAAAAUCGACCGUCCUGAACAUGGUUAACCGAAACCUGUAUUCCAAAAAGUCCAAGGAAACCCCGGACAACGUGUUUCCCGUCCAUGAGAAGCUAACUAUUUUCGGAGAAAACGAAGUGCGGAUGUACAUUACGGAAGAUCGUCUUAUACUGCUGGACAGCACGGAGCCUCUCAUAAGUCACACACGAAAGGACUUUAUUCAACAUGAACAGGAAGAGCUUAAAAGAAUGAUGAUUCUUCUUCGGCUCUGUCACGUUAUUUUGAUUGUACAAGAGGAAUGGUACAAUAUUCGCCUCAUGCGUACCCUUAUGUGGGCCGAAAUGAUGAGUCAAUUCAACCCGUCAACCCAUCAAAGGAAACUUGUUUUCAUCAAAAACAAGGUUGUUCCACACUGCCAAGCAUCUGAAUGCCGAGCAAGAAUGUUGCGUUUGUAUAAGAACAUGUUCGAUGGCACGAAGAUCUUCUCCACUACACACCGGGGCAGAGACGCGGAUCACAGCAAAGGCAAUCCAGAAGUUCUAAACUUUGUUGAACUUCCCCUGCUAGAAAAAGGAGAUGUCGCCGCAGAGAUGAGUCAAAACCUCAAGGAUAGGUUACUUUACUUGCGCAACCUUGUGUACGGCGGCCGACCGGCGAUUAUGGCCAACAACUGUUCCGAAAAAGCUUGGGGGCAAGCGUUAGUAAAAUUGGUGGAUGGGCAGGAUGGAAAUUUGUUCAACGAUAGAUACGAAAAGCUGAAGGACAAAUACAAUCUGCACAAUCAUAUCAAAAUUAUGGACCAUCCGUACAGAGACGCGUCAGGAGGCCACCAUAUUGAAUAAUUGGUUUACGGGUAGUUA